AUGACUAAACCUCCAAAGCCAGCAUAUUAUCCCCCGCCGCCACCACCACCGGGAAAGCCAUCAAAAACAACACCUGCACCUUCUAGUGGAAGUACAGGUCAUCCGGCUCCUGAGCCCUAUAAGUUCGAGUACUCUGCGAAUGUGGGUUCCCCUGAACCCACCGGACAUAUAUCCCAAUCAGAGUCGGGCAAUGCCGAUGGUGUGGUCACAGGAAUGGCUCAGGACCAGCACCUAGUCUUCAAGGCUCUACAGAUUCUUCAGGUUCUACUGAUUCUUCUGGUUCUUCUGCUUCUUCAGGACGAUAGGCCGACCCGAGACCCGUGGGAUUCGCUGAGCUGGUGGCGCAACGAAGACCAGGCCCGCCGUAUAGAGGAGGAGCACAACCAACAGCACCCUAACAGUCCCAUCCGAGUCGAAGUGGUCGACACAUUCGCCAGCAAUGAGACAAUAGACUCCAUAUUCAACUACGGCCUACUCAUCAUACCGUCGCUAUUCCUCGUGAGCGCCACCCUAUGGUGUAUAUCCCGGUUCCUGUUGAGAACAGCCAUCAGUUUAUACUUGGGUUACUCGGCUCUAGUGUUGGCCUCCAUCGCCAGCAUAGCGUUCGUGGUGUUUGGGCUCAUAUUCCUGAUUGGCAUGUGCUCGGGGUAUAAGUUUGAAUACCAUUCCGUGGAACAGAUGCCAAACGCCAAUCCAAUCAACUAUACCGUCGUUUCGCUGCCAAUCACUACCGAUACAAACGACUCAAACCAAUCGCCAGAAAAACGAGAGAAAUCGCAACAGAAUUCACCCAAAAAUUGAAACCAAAAAAAGUUGACAAAAAACACUCACAA